AUGCCCCAGUCCAGGAUGCAGCUGGUGGUGACUGGAGAUGACUUUGGUUACUGCGCACGGAGGAACCAGGGCCUGGUGGAGUGCUUCUUGUCUGGGGGCAUCACCACCGUGUCGCUGCUGGUGAACGGCUCUGCUGCCCCCCAGGCCGCCGAGCUCGCCAAGAGGCACAACAUCCCCAUCGGGCUCCAUGCUAACCUGUCGGAGGGUGUGCCCGUGUGCUCUGGCCUGCAGCUGUCCUCCCUGGUCGACCACCGCGGACUCUUCCACGGCAAGAUGGGCUUCCGACGCUGCCUGGAGAGGGGCCAGCUGUGCCUCACACAGGUGGAGAUGGAGUUGCGUGCUCAGGUCAGGCGCUUCAUAGAGCUGACUGGUCAACACCCACAGCACAUGGAUGGACACCAGCAUGUGCACGUGUUGCCUGGCGUGCGUGGGGUCUUUGCUCAGGUUCUGUCCGACCUGAGCAUCCCCUUCACCAGAGUCCCAGUGGAGGCCGGUCUCCACAGCUGCCCCUGGAUCCCGCCUCCUCUCCGCUCCUUCUACAGCCAAGUGGAGAGGGACGCACUGGACUCCAUCCCCGUCUUCACCAAAUACUCACUCAGGUGGCCUGACGCGUACCUGGGUCUGAGCACAAUGGGUCAGAACAUGUCCGUGUCCAGCCUGCAGAGGGCGCUGUCUCACGCUCUGUCCGCCCAGUCCCCUGCCGGCCCCCCGCUGAGCGCAGAGCUGAUGGUGCACCCCGGUUACCCAAGCCUGCCGGGGGAGGGGGGGUGCGGGGAGGGCCCAGACGACUUCUCCCGGUCCGCAGAGAGACAGCACGAACUCACGGUGCUGACGGAUCCAGGGCUCGACGCACUGCUGCAGCGGGAGGGGGUGCAGCGGUGCAGCUUCAGAGACCUGCGCUCCUGA